GCCUGUCUGCCGGUUGACCCAUCGCCGUUAAUACGAAGAGUGAAAAUCUGCAUAUAAUGGAAGCCUGCAAUUUUCGCGGAGUCUCGUCGUCUCGCUCUAUCGCCUCUAAUCUACGCGUUCCAUCAAUUUCUCGCCAACGAUCGCCGCCGUCGUGCAUUUCCUGGACCUUCCAUUCCGUUCUCCCCAAAAUCUCUGUCACCGCACGAAGAACCUCUACUAGACCCAGAAAGAUCGAGGUUAGAUCCCAAUCAUCAAUGGCGGCGUCCGCGAAAAGCAAGGGAAGAGUGCAAGUGUUUGACUCGGAAGAAGCUCAGGCGGUUUAUCUUGCGAAAUACACGGCAGAUCUGUCGGAGAAAUUUGUUAAGGAGAAAGGAUCUUUCACCGUCGUCGUUUCCGGUGGUUCUCUUAUCAAUUCGUUGAGGAAAUUGGCAGAAUCUCCAUAUGUUGAUUCAGUGGAUUGGUCGAAAUGGCAUAUAUUUUGGGUGGACGAGAGGGUAGUUCCUAAGGAUCAUCCUGACAGCAAUUACAAGCUAGCCUAUGAUGCACUUCUAUCCAAGGUAACAAUUCCAUCUGAAAAUGUUCACGCCAUUAAUGACAAACUAUCAGCAGAAGCUGCAGCCGAAGACUAUGAAACUGUCCUUCGAGAUUUGGUUAAGAUCAAAGUACUAAACAUUUCAGAGACAACAGGCUUUCCAAAAUUCGACGCAAUGCUUCUUGGCAUGGGACCUGAUGGACAUUUGGCUUCUCUAUUCCCAGGCCAUCCUCUUGUCAAUGAAAAUAAGAAAUGGGUAACCUUUAUCACCGAUUCGCCCAAACCCCCUUCUGAUCGAAUCACUUUCACGUUUCCUGUCAUCAACUCUUCUGCAAACGUGUCACUGGUUAUUUGUGGGGCUGGGAAAGCUCCGAUUGUGAAAGUUGCCCUGGGCGAGGAAGGGGAGAAGAAUGGUGAUCUGUUGCCAGUGCAAAUGGUCUCUCUUGAUGAAGGUGAGCUAAAUUGGUUUUUGGACAAGGAGGCUGCUUCUAAGCUUUAGUAUUAAUUUAAUGAAAUGGGUUUUAUUUUCUAUGAUUCUAAGCAUGACUUGUAUGGUUUUUUGGAUAUUGAAUAAUGUGAGCUUACGACUCUAUUUUCAGCUCAUGCUUCUUUAAUUGAAAAUAAAUUUGUGUC